AAUUGACAUUGUAACAUGUAUUUAGCAUUAAUACCUAAACUUUGUUACUUUUUAACAGAAAAGAGAUUCUUAAAUAAAUAACAAAGUUGUAAACCAGGGUUGCAUCAUGAUCAUUCUCCAACUUGGCAACAAUGCAAAGUCCAUUUUUCUGUAUUGCAUGUUGAAUCAGAUACUGGCUUAACUUGAGAUAUUGAAGUUCAAAGAAGCAAAGCACUUGAACCAUGAGAAAUUUCUUUACUGACAACUGAAAGAAUGUUUGGGGGUGUUCACUGGAUCAAUAAGACUGCACAAAUCUCUUAAGCUUUAUAUGUAUUACCAGAGGGGGGGUUUAAGCAGAUAUAUAGCUCAGUGUUUGGUGCUGCUAAUUAACUCCUUUUGAUCGCAAAAGUUUUCUCGGGAGAUCCCCCUUGAACGCAAAAGUCAGCGUAAAAUGAACUUUGAAACUGAGAAAACGUCAUAAAAGAUGUUUUAUAGAAAAUUUUCUGGUGCACCCUGCUGUGAAAUCUGUUUCUCUCUAGGUUGUUGCAUUUGCCUGGAAUUCCAUGAUUCCCCCCAAAUUUCAACUUUAUACUGGUGGGACAUGCAGGAAAAUUUAAUGAAGAGAAGUUGCUCAUUUUAUCACGGUGGAGUCUGUAAAAUAUAGUUUAUAAUCUUUUACUUGGAAAUUUACUGCCUACAGAAAGCCAAAGUUCCAGUGAUACUCUAAAAAUAUUUUUUAUGAAUUUUUGUGUUUUUUUAAUUCUGGAAUGAGUCUCAUUGAAUAAAAGUUGUAGAAAAUCAUCCGUAUAACUCAACUGUGAAAUCAGAUUAUUAUUUGGACAGACCUUAUAGCUGGAAUUCCAUGAUUCCCCAAAAAUUCCAACUUUCGCUUCCCACUCCUCUGAACUAGAUAUUGGUUCAUCUAGAACAUCAUGUAUAUCGGUGGAGGUGCCAAGACUAUGCUUAGCAUGCACACUACGAGCAGAAACUAAAGGAACACUGCCGAAAAAGGACGGCUGAGGGAACAGAAUCGCUCUACAGACGCUUUGAUGCGUAGGCAGGAACUGUAGACUAUUUUUAGCAUGGAAUGGUGGUAGGGGACGUCGGGGAAACAAAAGAGGUGCCAUUUAGUCAGCAUCGACAGAGAUCUAGUUACGCGUCCCCUUCAAUUCCAGAAAGCUUCUCACUCUCCGGCGCUGGCGUCAUGCUCGUUGCCCACAUCUGAUAGAACUAUAUGACGCCGGCGGCAUCAUCGUCAUUAAGGGGUUAAGAAUGUAUUUGUAGCCCAUAUGUGCAAUCAGUUUAUUGUUAUUGGUAUUCACAGUGGAUACUGAAUUAUCUGCAAAGUCUUUGAAUUGUACUAUAAAUAACAUCACCUGUGUAAAACAGUACUAUAUGCAUGUCCAAGUGACAGUAGAGAUGGUCUGUGUUGCUUUUUGUGUUGGUGUACUCAGCUCUCAUAGACACACAAGAUUAUGCUUCAGUCAGGCAAGCUUGUUGUGAAAGGUGACUUGUUUGUCAUCUUUGCCAGGUCACAAUUCCUUUGAUUCUUGUUUGGGGCAUUAUCCAAUCAUCUUCAAAUAAUCAAGUUACAACAUUUUGUUCAAUACAGUAUUAAGUAUGCAGAAAUAUGUACCUCAAAGUGAAGUGUUCCAUUUAUACUUUGACUUCUGUUGCUCUUUUGUUUGUAUCUAUUAUUCCUUGCUUCAGUAGUGAAAAUGAAAGUCAAAGUAUGUUCAGUAGAUCUCACCAGUUUGUCUAAUAUGGGCCUGAAAAUGCUGUAAUUAACAAAAUUUUGUUUUUGUAAUAUUUAAAUACAUGUAUAAAUGCUUAUUUAUUUAUUGAUAUAUAUAUUUUUUUUUACAUUUGGUCAAUAGCACCAGGAGGCUCUCAUGAUAGGACCUGUUGGCUCUGGUCCUUAAUUUCUUCGCAAGACUGCAUAUCGCCUCAUAAGAUCAUGAUAUUGCCUUCUCUAUUCACGUGGUCUUUUGUUUGUUGAAUGCUGAGCCCUGGAGAAUCUCACGCAUGGUUCUUGCCACUGCCACCACCACAUGACAAUUGUUUACCUCAAGUUCCAGGGUCAAAUUUUGACAUAGGGAAGCAUGAAGCUGACAUAGUGCUGGCAGAGCAGGAGAUGAGGCCACAUGAGGGUCAAGAGGCUGUGGUCCAGCUGGGUGAAGGGGAAGGCUCAGGCAAGCAGGUGAGGCUGAGGCGGCUGCCUGUAGUUGAACUGUGGAGCAAAGCUGCUAUUGGGAGCUACCUGUGGCACCACAUCUUGGAAGGGCCUGAGAGCCUGGACGACAGCAUCCAGGGGGCCACAGUUGGGGAGCUGCAGAUGACUGCCUUUGUCCUCAGAUAUAGAUCAGGGCCAGGGAUCACUCCUGAAACAGUGCCUGAAGAUGUGAGGAGUUUGGUUCUGGUGGUUAAUGGUCGCACCGAAGAAAAGGUCAAAGAAGCACGACUUUGGCUGGACCACCUGCAGGCUCAGAAUUCGCCACCAACAACCAUCCUUGUCAUGCUGGGGAAUGAGCAAUGUGAUAAUGGCUGGGUGUUGAGGUACUUGGCACCAAAAGGAGUGGUGGUGGCUGUCCUUCUAACCUAUGAUGACCCACAUGUGGACCAACAUGUCUUCCAUCAGUGGCCUCUUGGGGUUGCCACUUACAGGCAGUUUCCUCUCAUAAGGGAAGAACAGAUCUCUCCUGAAACACCUAGAAAGUUCAUGUGUAACCUCAGAGCAACAAUAUAUCCCAAUAGCAGCAGAACUGAUCUCUACAAGCUUUUGAAGAAUAGUACACUUACUGCAAACCAGUGUCAAGUAAAGGUCAGGGAGAGCUGGAUGCCAAAUGAAACUUCUGAUUCCAUGGAUGAGUAUGUGGAGACACUUCUGGAGUCUGACCUUACACUGUGCCCUGUUGGGAUGAAUCCUGAAACUUACCGGGUGUAUGAAGCACUAGCAACAGGCAGCACUCCAGUAAUUGAGGAUGUGGCCACAAAGGGGCACUGUGCUGCCAGCCCCUGGAGGCUGCUGAAGAGACAUGACCCACCUGUCAUCUGGGUCAAGACAUGGGAUAAUCUGGAAAAGAUCUUGGCCAAGGAACGGAGGUACAGCAAGCAGUACAAGGCACUGCGGCGGCUGCGUGUGUUCCAGUGGUAUGAGUGGUUCAAACUCAGGAUGAGAGACAGCUUUGUUUCGAUUGUCACAACCUCUCUCCUUCAGCCGGGCUAAAACCACAAAAACCUGAAAUGAGUAGGUAUAUAUUAUUCAACGUCCCUUAGUUCAGCUUUGCACUCAGGGUUUUCAAAAUAGAGCUGCCUUGUUGUUAAGCUUCUUUCUUUGUUUUCAACUGUGGUAGUGCACCUGAAUAAUGACAGUUGUGCCGAAGAUCACAUUUGUUACAAAGCUUGCAGAAGAGUCCCAGGCCAGUGGUUCACAUCAUCUCUGGAAUUACAACUCACUACUGAUGUUGAAAAGGUCAUGGCUCCCUUUCCUUUUAUAUGUGUUGUAGAACAUAAUUUGAUAUUUUUAAUAACACUAGUAUUUUCAGAAACAAAGUCAUACCAUAUUUGCUGGCAUAUAGACAAUCCUUGAGCUUAAAAAAAAUAAGCCUAUAAUUAGGGGUCAUCUUAUAUGCUAAUUAUAAAAUCGUACACUUUACAUCCUUUGAGAUAAUGAGUAAUUUUGCCUACACAUUUUCACCCAUCACUUUCCCUGAAUAUUUUUUAAGCAGUUAUAAUUACUAAUAUUAGCAACAAGCACAGCUGAUUUUCUAUAUGGUGAGAAAUUUUCACAAAAAUACCUCAAAGGAUACAGUCCAAAGUGCACAAAGCAGCCUGUCAGUUACAGUUAUGAAUUGUAGCUGGAGUCUCAAUCUGUUACUAGUUGAGUUCAUUGGAAAAGGGUAGAGGAAAGGGUUACCAGGUCUGAAGCUAGUCUCAUUACCCAUUUUCUAAGUGCUCAUUAUCAUAAGAUCUCUAUAUUACCAAAAACUAUUAGGGGAUGGUAAUCUGUCAUAAUCUCUCUCAAAGGUGGUGCAUGCUGUUUAUGUAGCAGUUAAGGUAUGAUUGUGUAGACAGUUUGCAGCUUUUUCUUUUGACUCAGUGAUAUUUAGGGAUUAUUGUUACCAGUGACGACACAAUUACUGCCUUUGAAUCCUACUGAAAAAGCAUGUUGAAGAUAAAACAUAAUCAAAGGCUAUAUUGUUUAGCAGGGUGUUUAAAGUAUCAUAUAAGUGGUUAGUGAGAAGAGUGAGAAAUGACUGGGGUUACUAGCGUAUCAAGUGCCCAAUGACUCCAGGUUUAUGGGUCAUCUUAUGCAGAGAAUAUAUACCUAUCAACAUACAUUUUGCAUGGACACCGUGGGCUGUCUUAGGGUAAGGUGUCCAAUAGGCACAGGCCGGUUCAGUACACGGACAUUGGACAUUAUGAAAUGUCUCCACAAAAUGUGAUAACACUUUCAAUUUCAAACUUUGUUUAUAUAUAAGAGGAAUGGUUAAGGAUCAGUAUGAGACAAAGUUUGACAUUUAAUAUAUUGUCACAUUCUUUGGAGACUUUAAAUUUUUUUAAUUGCCUGAUGCAUAUAUACUGGACUGGUCUAUGCUCUAAGUCUUAUAUACUGGGAAACACAGUAUUUGAAAUCAAAGCUUACUAGAUUUAUACUUUGAUUGCUUCUAUUGAACCAUAGGAUUACAGUUAGUCCUUAAAUAACUUAAUUUCAUUUAACGUCGUUUUGUUAUAUCGUUUAUGAGAAAAAAAUACAUUGUAAAAUCAUAACUCAUUAAGCAAAAUACGACCAUACAAAAAUAUGUCUUACUCUUUCGGCUGACCAAUUACAUGUAUUUAUGUUCCAAUUUUUAAUCACUUGAUUGAUAACUUUAUUAUCUGAAUUUUGUAGAAAGAAACAUACAUUAUACAUAAAUCACUAUACAAAGGUACUUUUGGUGCUAUUGGCUAAGAAUUUAAAGGAUGUGGAAGUUGCCAUAUCUUUAAUUCUUAACAACAAGUUUCUAAUUUUUAGCUAUUAUCUACUUCAAUAAUAGUUUUUAAUACUCUGUAUUGAUUUAAUUCUGUAGAAAGCUUCAGGUCUUUCUCAUUUUCUGAUGUAUCGAUUUACGUUAUUUGGCAUGUACGAUCGAUCUACAUUAGUAUCCAUUUUCAAUUUAUGAUUGCUGUGACUCGCAUAUACAAUUGUCUGACUGAUCAGGUGAUCGCUCAUGAGCACAUUGCAAAUCUACAGGCAUUUGUUCUUUCACCCAUGUAAUAGCAGCACCCCUCACCACUGCGGCCACUUCUUCCCGCACCGCCAUUCAACCUGCCAUGCGAGUGUAAGUGUCCGCCCUUGGUGUAUUUCACCAUUGAAAAAUUAUGUGUGUGAUGCUAGUUUAUAGUCAGUGAUGGCUUCUCAGCAUCCAGGAAGUGUGAGUACAUCUGACAGAGGGAACUCUGGGAUGGGAAACGGGUGUCACUGCUUUUCAGCCGAUGGUCUGAGAGGUAUGGAUGGGUACAAGUACCAUUACCAUACUAAUGGUACCGGCUUAAUGGUACUAGUAUAAGCAACAAAUUUCUCAGUACUGGUUCUUGUGCUGAUGGGACCUAUUUAACAGUACUGGCCUCGCCACCAAAUGUCUCGAUACCACUAUUGUUAAGUGCUCAAAAGAGGGUUACAAAACCAGAACCAAGACCAAUAUAUAUAUAUAUAUAUAU